GGCCAGGGGUUGGGUGUUUGUGUUAUCCUGUAAAACACUGGGAAGGUGUAUUUGAUGAGUGUGUCUCCUCCCUGGAUUGGCGUGGUACUGCGAGUUAAUGCAAGAAACGCUGAAUCUUUUUAGUGGGAAUACGUAAACUUGCGUUCUCUUUCUGUAGCCGCCUUCACAUCCUUACUCUCUGAACGUGCUGUGAUUGGGAGCGCGUGAAGAGUUAACGCUAAACUUCAAACUCAGGAAUUCCGCCGCGGUUCACUGCGCUGCGGUGAUGGGCGAUUGGCUGGCCCGCACCACUCACCUCUUCCAACAGCCCCUCUAAAAUCGGCCUUCCUGCGCUUUGAAGUUGAGACGCUGACUCACUCUUUACCGCCUCUGAGUCAGGCACCUGGAAGCUGUGCUAGUUUUUCUGCCGAUACCUUAGAAGUUAAAAAUGAGAAGGCUUCUCGUCGCGUUUGGUUAGACUUGUGAGGUACAGGCAUACAAAUAACCAAUGCCGGUUUCUGUCACUGAAACUGGAAGGAAAUACUGCAGCGAUGUCCAAACCAGCAAGGACUUUCCCAUCUCUCUUUUGUUUACAAUCAGCUCCUUUCUGAGUGUUAAGGAGCUCCACGCCUUGUGUUGCCUCCGCAGCCCUCUGGAUGUGGAACAGUGCUCCCUGCGAGUGCUGGAGCCCGAAGGCAGUCCCGGCUGGAGCCUCCUGAAGCUGCUGGGGGAGCGUGGGUGCACCGUGCUGGAGCUGGUGGAGUCCCUGCAGGCCCUGGAGCACACCGAGGCUCUGCAGUGUCUCGGCCUGGCAGGUGUCAGGAUCGUGGUGCAGCCAGAGUCUCAAGCGGUGCUCUCCGGCCAGGCGGUCAAGCUGUGCUGCUGGGCAACAGGACACCCCUUUGUGCACUACCAGUGGUUCAAGCAGGAAAAAGAGGUUCCCCAGGGUAAUUCCCCGGAGCUGGUUUUGAAUCGGGUGAGUGUCAGGGACUCUGGCUUUUACAUCUGCCGAGUGAACAGCGAAUAUUCCUUCGUCUUCAGCCACUGGGCACGCCUGGAGGUGUGCGAGCUGCGGGGCAGCCCUCACGGGAUCUUGGGGGGUUUUCCUCGGAACAAACUGGCCAUCUGCGUUCAGCCUCGGCCCCAAAACCUGGCGGCGGGGGAGGCUUUGCUGCUGGAAUGUGGAGCUGUGGGGAACCCCGUUCCUCGCUACCAGUGGUUCAGGGACGGAUUGCCCUUGGCAAACGGGAGCAGGAGCGUCUACACGGUGACGGCUGUGGAUGUGGAGCACCAAGGGACCUACUGGUGUCACGUGUUCAACCAGCACGAGGAGGAGGACAGCGAGAGGGUGGAAGUCGUUGUAGAUGAUUUCAGCGACCUUCAAGACUCAGACCCACAGGAACUGCCCAGCCACAGACCUGUCGCCACAGACAAGGUGGCUCUGUUAAUAGGGAACAUGAGCUACCGGAAUCACCCCCAGCUCCAGGCUCCCAUGGUGGAUGUGCACGAGCUCACCAGUUUGCUGAGGCAGCUGGAUUUCAAAGUUGUCUCUCUGCUGGAUCUCACCGAGGCCGAGAUGAGAGACGCGGUGGAGGAGUUUUUGCUGCUCCUGGACAAGGGGGUCUAUGGGCUGCUGUACUACGCCGGGCACGGCUACGAGAACUACGGCAACAGCUUCCUGGUGCCGGUGGACGCGCCCAAGCCGUACCGCUCGGCGAACUGCCUGUGCGUGCAGGACAUCCUGGGCAGGAUGCAGGCCAAGCACACGGGCCUCAACGUCUUCCUGCUCGACAUGUGCCGCAAAAGGAACGAAUAUGACGACACCGUUCUCAUCUUGGACGCCCUGAAGGUCACGGCCAACAUUGUUUUUGGAUAUGCAACGUGCCAGGGGGCGGAAGCUUUCGAGAUCCAGCAGUCGGGGUUGGCCAACGGGAUCUUCGUGAAGUUCCUGAAGGAGCGGCUGCUGGAGGACAAGAAGAUCACGGUGCUGCUCGAUGAGGUGGCAGAAGAUAUGGGCAGGUGCCCGCUGACCAGGGGCAGGCAGGCCCUGGAGAUCCGCAGCAGCCUGUCGGAGAGGAGAGCCCUGAGCGACCCCGUGCAGCGACGCGCGGCCUCGGCGGCGGCGCUGGCGCGCAACCUGCAGUGGGCGAAGGCGCACGAGCUCCCAGAGAGCAUGUUCCUCGACUUCAGGUGUGGCGUUGGCAUCCAGCUGGGCUUCGCUGCCGAGUUCUCCAACGUGCUGCUCAUCUACACGCGGAUCGUGAGGAAACCCCCCGAGGUGGCCGCCUGCAGAGCCCACGUCACCGACUUCCCCCCCGACCUGGACGUGGAUCCCAAGCUGGCGAAUAAAGGAACUCCUGAGGAAACUGGGAGCUAUCUGGUCUCCAAGGAGCUUCCCAAGCACUGCCUCUACACCAGGCUGAGCUCCCUGCAAAAACUGAAGGAAAACCUGAUCUUCACUGUUUGCUUGCACUACGAGUAUUCAGGAAUAGAAGAGCCCAUGGAUGAGAGGAAGGAGGUUAACCUUGGGAAGCCCCUCAUUGCUAAGUUAGGCCUCCAGCACGGAUUGAGAACCAGCAACUGUCCCCACACCCGUGAUCCUUUCCACAAUCCAACAGAAUCCAGCCUUGGAGAGGCAGCAAACCACCCCAUCCCCAAUCCCUGCCGACCAACUGCCCAUCCAGACGGCGUCACAGCACCACAGGCGUGUUCCUGCCACGGCAAUUCCAGGAUAUCGGCUCCCACACGGCAAUUUUGGGACCGCUCCCCCGCUGUGGGAAACCCCAACGUGCCAGUGGAGACCACUGAUGACACUGCUGAGCUGGGAUUGCUGCUCUCUGACAGCCUCACCCUCUCUGAGCAGCAGUAGCUGCGUUUGGGAACAGAUCCUGGAAUUGGGGGCAUCCCCGCUGCUCUUCUGGGCUUUGGGGGGACCUCAAGGGACAAAAGGGGUGGUGAUGAUUAAUGACAGAGUUCCCCCGGAGCUUCUCAGCUCCCAGGCACUCCUGUUGCCUCAGGAGCUGCUGCUUUGCAACUGCCAGAUGGCCUUGGAACGAUGUGAUUGUUCCUGGACUUGCUUUGGGCAAAAUUCCAGUGGAUUCCUGGCAGGCUGGGAGCGGGAUGGAGGUUGGGUGAUGGCUGGGGUGGGACAGUGCAGUGUCCCAUCAGCAGCACACAGGGCUGAUAAACCCCUGCCAUUCGGUGUGUCACUGGAUUUACAGCUACCUUUUUACAUCUGUAGAUCUAUAAAUGUAGGUGUUUCCCUCUGUGUGAAUUGAUUGCAGUCCCCAAGGGGAAGCAGAGCUUUUAUAUUUACAUAAAAGUGACCCAAACCCCUGGGACUUGGCCACGUCAUUGCCUGACAAAACUCGGCCCCGUGGCAGGAAGAGUUUGCAGAGGAAAACUUUU